AUGCAUCUGAGCAAAGAAAAUGGCGAUCCGCGUCGGGGUACGGCUGACGCGUCCGGAAAAUUCGCGACACGUGCGUCGAUUGGCAUGCGGGUGGCGACGUCGCGUCCAUAUGUUCAGUAUGAUCAAACUCUUAUCGAUUUUGGAGCGCACUUAUUAGCCUAGAAGGAAUAAUUGAUGGCGUGUCGACACGCCUCUAUCAGGCGAUUUAGGCACCUCGUAAUUUGACAAACGGAAGUUGCUAGCCUGGAAGAGGGAUGCUUUGUGAGGCACGUUGGCGAAGGUUGAUAGAUGCCCGCAGGGUACUCUGUCGCGCUUCCUGAUGAAGGCGUUUCCGUGGGAGAGACAUAUUUUGUCUGCUCAUGACAAAAGUCGGUAACUGAGGGCAGGCAUGCUCAAAACCCCUUAAUCUGAGUAUGGCUGAAAGCUUCUUCAGCCAUACAUAACCAGUCCAAUCAUGGACGUUAUCGCCCAAACAUCCAUAUUCCUUUCCUAAACUUUUCCAAGUGCAUUUAUGAGCAUGGCCUGUCGUCGCGUAACCAUGGUGCAGUCGAACGACAAAGUUGGGAGCAAGUUGAAGACAAGUUGAAGAGUCUUGAAAGCU